AUGGCAAUUUAUAUUUUUAUCCGUUUGGCUUUUCUCGCUCCGCGUUUUUUUGCUGUUCAGCAACCAUCGUCUGGAUGGCUUGCUCUAGGUGCUGUAUCUGGUGUCCUGCGGGACUUGCUUUCCAUCCAGUACCGAAUUAAUACAGUUCAAACCCAGAAAACAGCGCAGAGAAAGACGGGUAACUUUUUGCGGGGAGGAAAAAUAGGAACGCUUUUCUGGUCGUGUACAGGGAAAGAGUAUUUUUAUGCUUGCAUCGGCAAGUUUGCUGGUCACUCUCUUCUGGAAAGUCGGGCAGCGAUGCAAAUAGCCGCUCGUGCCAGCCGAAGACGGCACUUAGCAAGCAAGCAGCAGCGCUGCAAAAACUCGCUUCUUCCUGGAGAGAAGCACCCAACUGCUGAGGCAAGACUUGGCAUUCCUUCCGGAAGGCCGGGCAGCUACUGA